GCUAAUUAUUAAAAAUUAAACUAUUUGUAACUGCGCAUGCGUCAGGUCGUUUACAAACUCCUUCACUGCAAGCUCAGCUAUAAGUCUAACAGUCUUCUAGUCUAUCUAUACGUCCAUCAAGCUUCUCUACAUUUGCAUUCAAGACUCCAUGUCUAGUCUUUCGGCUGCCGAGCACGAAAACGAGCAUCUCGAACGCCUCGCCAGCUUGCCGUUUCACGUCUACCUCUGGAUUGUGAUACUCCUAACGCUGCUCGGCAAUGGCGUCGUCAUCCUGUGGAGAUGCGGCAACGUGCAGCGACUCUCUCCUCUAUCCAUCAUUGUUAUCAACUUGGCCGUCGCCGAUACCGUCUACGGACUCCAUUUGGUCCUCAUCGAGAGCGACCUCGCCAGAACGGUAUUCGGAUCAUCGUGCGAUGAGUGCAAUUACACUAAAUCCGAUCCGGUUGGUAUUAACGUCUGCACGGCUGCAUACUUUAUGUCAUGCUGGUCGUCCACUGCUCAAACCGCUGCACUGGCAACCAUUGCUGGUUACUUGUUGUUAUCAAUGAAUGUGACGUUCAGUAGGGGAACGGUUGGCAAAAUGAUGUUUGUCGUUGUGAGUGUCGUUUCUCAGUGGAUACUCUCUUUUGUACUCGCCUUGUUUUCGGCCAUCUACAAUGUGUUUUGGGUGCCCUGGAAGUGGACGAAUUCUAGAGUCAGUCAGAGAGAUAUCCGGAUAUAUUACGUAUUGACGCAGUGCUCCUAUUCAGGGAGUUUGUCUCCGAGCCUUAUGGCUUUGAUCACCGUGCAAUUGGUGUUGGUGUUGAUAGCUAUCUUGUGCCUCGUUGUGUUCAUAGUGUGGGUCACGUGCAAGUAUGCAAAACGAAGAUUCCCGGAUCAAGAGGGAAGACAGCACGACGAAUCGAGAAUUUUAAUGAUUCGUCUGUGUGUGGUUGUGGUCAUCAAUCUGGCCUGCUGGGGACCGUCCCUCGUUCUUUACUACUUUGGGAACAAAUUGUUCAACAAUAUGCAGAUAUUGUUGCAGGAUGGAUACUGUAGGAUCGUCACAGAAAUAACUGUGAGUCUCUUGUCAAUCCCUCCCGCUGUGAAUCCGUUGAUCUACACAAUUGCUACUAAACAGUUUAUGAGGGUAGUGAUGAGGGUGUGGUGUUUGAGGCGGGAUGAUGAGCAUCGAGGUAUGACCGAGACUACGACACUGAUAGACGAGGAAAACCGUCCACAAACGUGAAAUACAGGCUACAGUCUAAGUUGGCUGAUUCGACUUUAUGUAUAUAAUAUAUUAGCCAUAAGUAUCUACUCCAUGUACAGUAUACCUUGUACAAUACUGUAAUAUAGUUUACAUCUUUAAAUAAUUUUUAAUUUGCAUUUUUAAUUUUUAUGUUUAAGUAAUAAUGUUUGA